AUGGCUCCGCAGGGCCUAGACCUUUCGCUUGAAGAGGUCAUCAAGACGUCGAAGGGCGAUGGAAGGGGCAAAGGCAGAAAGCAGGAGGCGGCAGCUAAGGAGACAAAGGCAGAGAAGGAGGAAGAAAUCAAUCUGGACAUGAGCCUGGAUGAACUGAUUGAGAAAGAGUACGUGCCAGCGAAGGGCAAAGGCAAAGGCAAGCGAGAGGCCGACAGUUGGCAGCAAGAGCGUGCGCCAAAAGGAAAAGCCUGGGAGGCGGCAAAUUGGAGCUCCGAGAAGCCCAAGAAUGCAGGCAAUUCUUCCUGGAAGGAUUGGAAAGACGCCACCCCGCAGUGGAAGAGUGGAGGUGGGGGAGGCAAUUGGAAGGAGGUGGACACCUGGAAAGAGGCGGAGACCUGGAAGAAGAAUGAUUGGAAGAAGGCAGAUGCCUGGAAGGCAGAUUGGACCAGCCAAAGUCAGAGCAAGUGGCAGGACGACUGGAAAGCGCCAAAAGCCAGUCAAGAUUGGUACGGCUCCAACAAGUCGUCGUGGGAUGGUCACAGCUCAGGCUGGCAGUCGCAGAGCACCCGUGUCGUGGAAGGACGAAGCUGGUCAGAUCGCCAUGCAGAGCCCGCCUGGACCCGGCCAGCAAAGACCGAGACCGAGCGCGAGGAGCGGUGGAAUGCGGCUCCCCGUGGCUACGGCGAUGUGCGAGACAGACGGUUCGCAUGGCGGGACGAACGCAGGGAACACGACUACCGAGAUAACGGCUAUGAUGCCCGGGAUCGCCGUGAGCCAGAGAGGCAAUGGCCCCGGGGCCGCUCACGCACGCCGCCGCGUCGAUAUUAUGACGAUAUUCCCAGGGGCAACGUGAUCAUGGUGCAGAACAUCCCUCCGGGCCUCGACUCGCGGGACAUCAAGGACGCCUUCCAAUCCGCAACGGGAACCGUUAACAGCUGCAACCUGCGCAAGGAUGGCACUGCAAGGAUAUCUUUCGACAGGCCGGAGGAUGCCAAAAAAGCAGUGGCGACCUUCGACCACGGUGAGCUCAAUGGAAGCAUCAUCAGCGUCCGCAUUGAACACUGA